CGAGUGUUCGACAUGUGAUCAAAUUGAAUAAAACAUUUGAUUGUUUUUCAAUGGAAUAUGUGUCGUAAGUUGUUUGGAGGGUUUUUUUGACAGAACGCGCGUAUUUCGCGGUCUCGGGAGAUCGGAACGAGCCGGGUACGAACGGAAUUGACCGAACAUUGUUGGGUUAUAUACCGCGCAGCACUUUUCGUUCGUGAGAAAGUCUCUCGCUGGUGUUGGUGUGAAAUUGUUGGUUAGUGUUAUAUAUAUCGCGGCAUUAUAGUGUGUGCAGGAUUUCGGAGUGUAAGAGAAAAAAAAGAGUGAGAGACGACGAAAAUUCGCCGUAAAAUGGAAACGAAAUUACGUUUUGAGGUGGAAGUCGAUCGUUGAGUAAACCAUCUGAACAUGGGAAGGUCCAAGUUUCCCGGCAAACCGCCGAAGACGGUAACGAGAAAACGUAUCAAGGUUCUCGGACGGCCUGAGGCGAAUCAAAGCGAUUCCGUAACCGUCGCCGAGAACAUUUAUUACGGACUUUCCCUGUUCAACGAAACAUUCGGUGACAAUGAGAAGGAACAUCCACCUUUUCAUGGAUUUAGUACUAACGAGGCAAAGCUAUCUGUGUCUUAUGUCAAGACGCAGCAGCGAGAUGUUGCAAGUACACAGACCUCGGUGCAAAAAGUUGCCAUGGGAAAAAAAGAAGAAGAAAAAAUAUCCUGCGAAAUUGAGAACAUCGACAGUGACAAGAAGGAAAGAAGUGAGAACUCGGAGACGAAGCCAUUGGUGGAGAGAGUGACAGUUAUUGAGAAGGAAAGAGCUGAGAUGGAGGAGGCUUCCGGAAAACAAAAAUGUUCGAUGAAAGAUGUAAAGUUUGACAAUAUGAUGAAGGUGCCAGUGUUGAAAUCAGUGAACAAUAUAUUGGAUCGUCAUCAACGCACGAGACAGUUGCGCAACAGUACGGCAAAGCGGCUUUUACAGAGAGCAAAAACUAACAACGGGAUUGGUGGCACGAGAGCGGUGACUAUUCAGUGCGGUGACAAAACGAAUUCAGUGAGAAAAUUCGUUUUGCCUGUUCGCAGCGUACAUUCGUCCAGGGUAAUAAAGCCCAACAAGAGAUUUAUUGAGGAAUUGGAAGAUUCGCUUAGCAACGAUCAUUGCGAGAACGAAACAGGUAAAAAUUUAAAAAAAGCAAAAAUUAUUCAAGGGAAAAACAAAGCUGCGAGUGAAACAACUGCGAAAGAAAGUCCUGCUCAGAUGGAUGAUAAGGAAACAAAAAACAAAUUGAAAAGGGUGAGCUACGGUGAGAGCUGUGAUAAGAAAACUGAGAACGAAGCUUCCAGGCUUUCACAAGAUGCCCCAACGUCAAAAGACUCACAAAACGAAGUUAAGAAGAGUCAAGUUAAAGUAACGAGCAAAACUUGGUGCAAUACGACGAGUUUUGUUCAAGACUCGUUCAACAGGACAGCCGAUUUGGUUGGUAAAAUCGACGAGGCUGCGAAAUUGUCGGACAAACAAAUAUCUGUUCCUAGUAAAGUUCUUCCGGAUUGCAAUGUUCCAAACUUCGAGUCUUCCAGAGUUCAGACGAGAUCGGGAACUCUCAGUGAGACGUCCAACGUGUCCCAUCUGAAACCUGAUCCUCCGUGCGAACCCAACGAAGAACGAGCGAACGAGGAUCUCGGUAAUUGUACGAGAACGAGCGAGAAAAACGCUGCCACUGCGAGCAAAGAGAACGAAAGCGAAGUUGUGGGUAUUGUCAGUAAGAGCAAAUGUUCUCAUGGUUCCGAAUCUGAAAGCUCGCUCUCGGAAAGCGGCAGUGAACACGACGAUCACAGCGAGGAUGAACAAUCCGAAUGGACCGGCAUGAAAAUGAACGGAGGCAAAGUGAUAUUGCGAAAAGCGAGAUUGAAACUCGAUAACAAAACUCCUAGUGGAACCGAGGGACCUUUUUCGACAACAAAUAAUAACGUCAAUGCCACUGGCAACUCGAAUCAAGGCCCAACAGCAACAGUCAAAUGUGGAGUUUGCGGAGCAGUACGUUUCUAUCGUUUCGUAAAACAAGCUCGUAAAUUUGGUAUCUACAGUUGCGAGUCGUGUAGAAAAUUCAUCAGUAAAAUGAUAAAGCGACAGGCUUGUGCAAAAUCAUCAAACAAUACGCUUCCUAUCCUCCAAUGCCACAAAGGUGAUGGACUCUGUCUGGUGCCUCCAGUCGUCAGAAGUCAACAGUGGAAUCUUAUGAGAUGUGUUUACAAAGCUCGUUGUCCCGCCUGUUGGUUGAAAAUGUGCUUAAAGUGUUACAACAUACCGUCCUCAUUGAGAACGGGUUUGUACAGUCUUCUUCCACCCCUCAUGAGGGAUCCGGUUAUUUCUCUUUCUCUUGGCCCGGACGAUUGUGACGUUCUUGCCAAUAACAAAUCAAUCGGUGGAAAAAUUUGUUGGCCCGCGGAGGAUUGUUUGGAAAAGAAUCUUUUCAAAUCAGCCAUGAGUUGGAGUAACAUAGAAAUUGGCAGGAAACCGUCGUAUCACGAUGGGAAUGUUGGUGGAUUGUUGGCGAAAAAGUCUGACAAAUUUGAUUAUCCAACAUCGAUUUCACCGACGAGAAAAAGGAAAAAUGACAACAGAAUAAAAGUUCGGAAGAAAAUGAAAAAUCCUUUGUUACCUCCAUCGGCGAUUAAUCAGAGUCCUCAAUCUCCUCGGCAGAGGAUCAAUUUGAAAGGACCACGAGUCAAGCACGUAUGUAGAAGCGCAAGUGUUGCUCUGGGUCAACCACUCGCGACUUUUCCUUCGGUCGACGGAAAAGAUGCGGAUAAUGAGUGCUCCGGUAAAGUCGUCGCAAAAGUAGCGAAGGAUGAAGGGAAAUUCGAGAAAAAGAGUGACGAAGCACCGAAAGAGAAGGAAAAUAAUUCACAGAAAAGCAAUCAGGAAAACGUUUGUGCAAUCAGUACGAACAUCAGUGUGCAAACAUCUUGUGGAAAGAGAACGAAAUCUCAUCAAAGUGUUUUGGCACCGAACCAUCAAGUUGUGCGCUCUCUACCAAAGCCAAGGAUAGACGCGGUUCAUACGAUAUCGAUAGAUUUCUGGGAACAAUACGAUCCGGUUGAAGUUGGAAGCAAGGGUUUCGCUCUCAUCGCUUCCGAACCAUUCCACAUUCCUGCUGUUUGUUUUCUUUGUGGGAGCGGUGGAAGGGAGCCUCUUAUUCAUUGCCAGUGCUGUUGCGAGCCGUAUCACGCCUUCUGUCUCGAACCCAGUGAGUGGAACGCUUGCGCUCAACCCAGCUGGUGUUGUCCCCGUUGCACCAUAUGUCAGAACUGCAGGCUAAGAUCCGGUCCAAAAUUAUCUUGCAUACGUUGCCGUCAAUCUUUUCAUCACUCGUGCUUAUCGAAAUCAGGGGUCAGCGCGAGAUUACUUUACAGUCCUGAUCGCCCUUAUGUGUGUCAAAGUUGCAUUAAGUGCAAGAGCUGCGGCAGCGAGGGAGUCAACGUCCACGUAGGAAAUUUACCUCUUUGCUCCAUGUGCUUCAAACUCAGACAACGGGGCAAUUACUGUCCGCUUUGUCAGCGAUGUUACAACGAAAAUGAUUUCGAUACUAAGAUGAUGGAGUGCAACGAGUGUUCGUGCUGGGUCCACGCGCGUUGCGAGGGUUUAUCGGCCGAGUCGUACCAGAUAUUGAGUUACUUGCCGGAUUCGAUAGAGUUUACGUGCAGCCAGUGUUCGCCGCAGCCAAAUUCAGUUUGGCGUACGGCGAUAGAGAGUGAGUUGAAAGCCGGUUUGAACGCGGUGAUAAAGGCGCUGAGUCGAAAUCGUAAAGCAUGUGCAGCUCUGAAGUGGAGUCCGAGAAAGGAAUGUCAUUGUCGGCCAGUCGGGAGUGCGAGAAAAUUGGAAUUCAGUGAUUUGGAGCGUUAUAAAAAUGAGGAAGAGUCGGAAGAUUGUAGCAGCGACAAAUCGACGGACACUAGCGGGACGGUGUUGGAUUCAAAGUCCGAUGGAUCCUCGAGAACGCGAUCGGAAUGCGACCCGGAGGACCAAACGAGCGAAGUACCGCGUCGAGGUUUGCGAAGGUUGAGACAAAAGUUUCAUUCGAAAGAGUGCUCGGUGAGAAUAAACAAAAACGGCAACUCUCGAGAGGCUCAAGACCCGGGGACCCAAGAUUCGAGCGAUAGCAGAGAGUGUCGAUGCUCCGAGCAACAAAUCGUCGCUCGUCCUUCGCCGAGCCUCAUGUCGAUCAAGCGAAAAGUAAACAGCAACGAGUACACUUCUCUAGUGCAAUUCUACUGCGAUAUGGAGCACGUGGUGAGUCGAGUGGGAGGCCAAGAGCUCGUCGAUGCUCUGCACAAAUCUUUGCAAGAGAUUUUUCCCUGGUUCGAUCCGAAAUCCGUCGAAUUCGGCUCGUCGAGCAACGGCGAAGGAGCCAAAGACGGAACGAAGAAACUCGCGGAUCUUUCGCCGACGAAACUCGACGAUUCGAUUCUCGAAACCUGGAGAGAAGAAGUACUCAAAGCUCCCAAAGCUAUAGCCGCGAAAACAGGCAAUUUGUACGGGAAUCUCCAUUCCGAAGACAGCAGGUCUUGCUGCCUCUGCAAAGGCUUGUCCGACGGUCAAGAAACUAAGGAAGGUCGUUUGCUCUAUUGCGGACAAAACGAGUGGGUUCACUCGAACUGCGCUCUCUGGUCGAACGAAGUUUUCGAGGAAAUCGACGGCUCGUUGCAGAACGUGCACAGCGCGAUAUCUCGCAGUCGUCUGAUACGGUGCACCGAGUGCGGAAAGAAAGGGGCGAGCAUAGGUUGUUGCUCGAAAAACUGUAACAACACGUUUCACUUUCCUUGCGCGCGAAGCAUCGGUCUUGCCUUCAACGACGAUAAAACUGUUUUUUGUAUCCUGCACCUGGCGAAUUGUACCGACAAAACAGCUCAGAACGAGGCGGAUUUCGAUCUGCGAAGAAACGUUUACGUCGAGCUCGAUCGAAAGAAGAAAAAAUACGCCGAACCCGACAAAGUCAAAGUGAUGAUCGGCUCGCUGACCGUCGAUUGCCUCGGCAGCAUAGUCCCCGAGUUUUCUGACACUCGGGACAAAAUUCUUCCUACGAAUUAUCGUUGCUCGAGGCUCUACUGGUCGACGGUAAACCCCAUGAAAAUCGUUCGUUACUACAUCAGAACGUACGUGCAAAUGUACGUGCCGGACACGUGCGUAGAGGCCGAGAAUAAUGUGACGAUCGAUCAUUCCCGAGAGCGUGAAAAGGAGGAAGAGCGUGCAAUGAUGGACAACGAGAAACGUGAAAAACUGGCGGUAAAGCAGACCCUCGAGUCGCUCAUCGACGCGGUUUGCAAUCGCGAGGUCGACGAGAACCUCGCCGAGCAGAACAACACCGACCUCUUACCGCCCGAGAUAAAAGACGCUAUUUUCGAGGAUUUGCCGCACGAUUUGCUCGACGGUAUCUCGAUGCAAGAUAUUUUUCCGAAAAUGACAUACGAGGAUUUCCUGGCGAUGGAUUUGAAGAGCGACGGGGUUUUCGGCCAGGAUUUGUUGAAGGACGAGAUCCUGCAGGCCGAAGUCGAGGAUAUAAUGAAGCCACCGGAGAGCAAAAUCUCGAAAGUGGACGUGCCAAUAUCGGAGUCCGUUGGACAGAAUGAUUUCUGGUUUCACCUCGAAGCGAAAGGUUCCGUUCAAGAUUUCAUGGACGAUUUAUUGAGCGCCAAGAGUAAAAAAAUCGGGGGUCGAGAACUGAAGAGUCAGAAAAUCGGAGGCCGCGAAUUGAAGAGAUCAAAGUCCGAGGUAAUGACGAACAAUCCGUUGGUCGUCGGAGGCCAGCGACACCAUCAACGCUCGUGCAGUUUAACGUGGAGUUGCAAACUCGACGGGACUUACGGGCCGACGAUGAAACGGAGGAAACUGCCGAGGCCAACGGCGACGACGAGAUCGGGCGAGGCGAACGUCAUGCUCGUCGACCCUGCGAACGUCGAGAGAGCUUCGUUGUUUCACGAAUUGCGAAUCCCCGAAAGUAUUAUGGUCACCGUCGGCCGAGCUAGCACGCCGAGUAUUUUGUCAGAAACUUACAGAGUCCCAUCGCCCCGGGACGAGAGCAAGGAUCACAAGAGACUUUUGUGGCAACACACGAGACAACAGCCACGAAUACUCCAAGUCGACGGCCCCGCUGAUCCGAGCAGCGCGAGCGAGUGCAGUUCCCCGGAGUACAACAUCGAAGAGAGGAUCGGGACGAUCGGAACGGGCCUGAUCCCUCAGGUCGACGGGACGAACGACGAGUCCUCCUGCGAAAAUUCCGAAUGGUAUUCCUACAAAGAGCGUCUCCGUUCAUUGAGCACGGACAGUGCAAGCAGCUCCGAAACAGCUGACAAGUCCAGAAAUUCGGAUCAUUCUUUUGCCGAGAACGAGGAUUCGGAAGACGGAAUAAGAAUACCGCAGCUGGACGGGGCCGACGACAUUUCCAGCGACGAGGAGAGCCUCUCGCCCCGAGCAAUCGAGAGCGAAACCUCCCCGUCGACUUCCGUGCCUAUUUCCGAUCCGAUCGAUCGUCCGGUAACCUGUAAACGUUGCAAAUGUACAUACAGAACGCGCGACAGUUACGACAGGCACCUGUCGAACUGCGACAUCGUAACGACGAGCGACAGCGACUCCGAGACGAUGGACAACAAAGGUGCGUCCCCCGACUCCCGAUUUUCUCCGAGCAUCGGAGCGAUGUCACCGCAGUUUGUGAUAAUGUCGCCGUCCGAGGGUCACACCAUGUCAUCGGAGUAUCCCGACACCCAAGUCACCUCGCCCCUCGAAGCAUCCGUCGCGUCGCCUCAUCCGGCGAUCCAUCAAAUCGAGCCGAUAGCUCAGGCGAUUAUAACCCCGCAGAUUCACACCCACGCGACCGUCGAAACGCUUCAUCGAACAGUAUUAACGUCCAACGACAUGAUCGUCCAGACUCAGUAUACGAGGACAACGACCACAUUGCCCAAUCCAGUAUUACCGCAAGAGAGCACGGUCCGGAUAACCGAGAUCCCUGACUCUCCGCCGCCUCCCAGUGAAACGAGCAGCAGCGCCUCCCCGGACUCGCUACAAACCUCCCUGGAGCGUUGCGCGCCCCAAACGACUCAGAAUUCUCGCGUAAUUGGGCAGAAUUGUUCGGCAAUGCCGAGCAGCGAGUCCGCGCCUCAAGCCAACUUGGUUCCAACGGUGAGAACGAGCAAGCCAAAAUCCCCGAGGGUCACCAGACCCAGAGCUAAGGUAAUAAAACCGAACGUGAGAAAUGCUUUGCCUCCGCAGCAGCAUACGAAUCAGCAGAUGCGAUAUCAGCCGAUGCAAACGACGCCUCCGGUUCUCCAGCUCCAGCAGCAAAGAGCCAGCGGACCUACGGUAAUUCUACAGCAAGUUCCAGCUCCGGGAAUGAUGUCCGCUUACGUGGAAACGUUGCAGCAACAGACCGGACAAAAUGUACAGUACAUCACCGCUUUACCCGGCCAACAGGAGGCCUCUUACAAGCCCCAAUUCAUCGCCACCAAUCAGCUCGUUCCCGGCGCAUACAUUCAAACCGCCUCGGACAAUUUACUGGCGUUACAAAACGGCGGGAUUUCCGUAUUGCCCGGAGUUCAAAUCGCUCCCCAGCAGCAGCCGACCGUUCUGGGCACGAUAAUACAGCAGCAACCGAGCGCGAUACAGUGCGGCGUCAUAUCCUCGGAGCAGCUCGUCCUCAGCUCGACUCCGACCCUCGAAAUGUUCUCCGAUUCGACCGGAAGCAUGUUCGUUUCCAGUCAGCCGAUGUACUACGGCCUCGAAACCAUCGUCAGCAAUACCGUUAUGUCGUCCAGCCAGUUUAUGACCGGGGCCGUGCCCCAGGUGCUCGCCAGUAGUUAUCAAACGACCACUCAGGUCUUUCAAGCUUCGAAGCUCAUGGAGCCGAUGCUCGACGUACAAACUUUGCAGAACACCGUUCCCGCCGUUCAGGCCGUCCAGGGCGUGCCCCACGGCAGCUACGUCGUCAUGAACCAAAGUGCACCAGCUCCCGAACCCAUGCCUCGUCCACCGCCCCCCAAUCCCCAGCCCCCGCCGCCUCCCCCGCCGCUCCCGCCCUCCAGAAUCAACCUCCCCUCGACCGGCGUCCCCGACAGCACGAGCUUCGUCAUCCCACCCUGCGAUAAUAUUCCCCAGCACAAUCCCUCUCAUCCCGGCAUCGAAGCGACGAGGUCUCCGACGAUGAUCGACAUCCGACCGAUACAACAAUUGCCUUACGUCGAAUCAACUCAGAAUGUCGCGAACCCAGCGAAACCGAUGCAGCAAACUAUCUCGAGCAUUCCUCGCGUCGCCGUCAAACCGAGCCCCGCUACUCACAACGUCAAUCAGAUGAAUCACGCCCAGUGGAAGGUCAACGAACCCAGUUACGCCGAACAAAGCGUCGACAAAACGAGCAGGCCCUACUUCGACUCUAAACACGUUUCUGAAAACACGAGCAUGAUCAAAUCAAGCGUCAAUACGAAAAUUCCACCGCUGCAAAAUAUCAUGCAGAGAAACGCGAUCGUCAGUAAUAAAUUGAGCUGUGAGCCGGACAGUGGCUGCAACAAUUACAUCAAUGGCAUCACCAACGUCUGCAACAAUGUUGUCGUCAGUCCUGGCAUCAAUAAUCUCAACAGCGUCGUACCCAGUGGACAAAACAAACUGACGAUACCACCGACCAGUGCAGCACCUCCGUGCAGACCCAUGAAUCGAGUCUUGCCCAUGCAAGCCGUCGUGCCCAAACUCGAGAGUGUUAAACCAGUGGAAAAGCGAGAAAUCGUUAUCGAAGAACCGACCAAACCGGUGAUCAAGUCUCCGACCCCCGAGCCCGAAGAGUCCGUCAAAUCGGUCGUCAAAAUCGACCCACCGACUGAGAGCAUCGAGCCGGUUAAGGAGAAGAAAGAUAUUGAAAAGGCUGAAAUAAUCGAACCGGUUGUCGAAUCACCGGAACCGCUGAAAGAAGAAAUGAUCGUGCCGGUUGAACCCCCCAAAGAAAAUGUCAAACUGGAUCUUCCGGAGGAAAAGGAACCCGAGAAGAGCGAAAGCACACCCUUGAAAAUGGUGUUACAGAAACAAGUCGAAGACGGUUCGUACAAAAUCGCACAGAACAUGAAACCACCGGCGGCGGCCUGUCAAAAUAAAAAUCCACCGAAAAUCACGUCGGUUGAGAUACUGACGGCGAAGCAAGCUCCCCAAAUAGCAUCGCUCCAGUUGUUGCCGAUCAAAACGUUCACUCUGAAGGCGAAUAAAACCGAGGAGCCGGCGAGUGUGACUCUGCCGAAAGCGAGGCCACCACCCAUCGCCGUCAAAAAGCCUCGUUUCGUUGCGAAAACCGGCGCAGCAAAUACAUUGGCCAAAAAAGAUCCUCCGGUUGAAAAAACGACGAAGAAAACAUUGACCGGACCGAGCCUCAUGUACGAAAUCAAAUCCCAGGAUGGCUUCACUCACACCGCUUCGUCGAUGGCCGAAGUUUGGGAAACCGUAUUUCAAGCCGUACAAAAUGCACGCAAAGCUCACAAUCUACCACCACUCGCUCAUAAUCCACUCACCGAAGGCCUCGGACUCGAUAACAACGCGACGAUUUACCUCGUCGAACAACUUGCCGGAGUCAAUCGCUGCACCAAGUACAAACCAAAGUUCCACGACCUCAAACCCCCCAACAAAACUCGUGACCUCGACAGUGAAUCCUUCGCGGAAUGCGAGAGCGGAGCUGCUCGCGCCGAACCUUUCAAAGGACGAAAAGUUCACGAUGUUUUCAGUUGGUUGGCUUCCAGGCAUCGACGACAGCCCAAAAUGAUCGCCAUCUCCGAGACUGAAAUGAGGAGAGCUGCGAGCACGAAUCUUCCGAUGGCGAUGAGAUUCCGGGUACUUAAAGAAACAUCGAAGGAAUCGGUCGGGGUCUAUCACUCGCACAUUCACGGUCGAGGCUUGUUUUGCCUGAGGGAUAUCGAGGCUGGGGAAAUGGUUAUCGAGUACGCCGGAGAGGUUAUUCGUGCAUCUCUAACUGACAAAAGGGAAAAGUAUUACGACAGCAAAAACAUCGGAUGUUACAUGUUCAAAAUUGACGAUCAUCUCGUCGUCGAUGCUACGAUGAAAGGGAACGCAGCGAGGUUUAUCAAUCAUUCCUGCGAGCCGAACUGUUAUUCGAGGGUCGUUGACAUCUUGGGAAAGAAGCACAUAUUAAUAUUCGCUCUGCGACGAAUAGUCCAAGGAGAGGAGUUGACGUACGACUACAAAUUUCCAUUCGAGGACAUCAAAAUCCCGUGCACCUGCGGUUCGCGUAGGUGUCGGAAAUACCUCAACUGAGACUGCGUCAACGGUAACCGUAAUCGACGACAAACUUUUUCCCGAUAAAAGUUAAGGAGGAGAAGAAGAGGAGGGAAGAAGAGACAAACGAAGCAUAUAAAAAUAUGCUAUAGUCACGCGUGCUUUAGUGCUGGGCUCAUUUAAUCGAAUGUUAUCGAUUUCCAUUAUCAGUCUAUUUUCAGAUAUCAUAGAUUUUCUUUUUUCUAACGCAAAGUUACUGAAAAAAGAGAAUAGUUGGGCUCUGCUGAGUAGCCGGAGUAUCGUGUAAAGGUCAAACGGAUUUAGUGCAGUGUUUCGCAUCCGAUAACCCAUUGAUUUUUCUCUUUUUUUUCACCGUCUUUAGUCGAGCUGUAGCGAAAAAAAACAGCAACUUCGAUAGCAGUUAACCAAGUCAACGUCACACUUUUCACGCUCUUUAGAGCGGAUUUCGCCAUGACACGCGAUUUGAACACGUAAUAGCGUAAGAUUUUCGAGUCCACGAUCGUCGCAUCUUUUUAAACUAAAACCGCCUCUUCAAGAGUCUCGCUCUAUGCUUUACACUAAAUAUGGAUUGUCCUUUGAGCUUCCCUCAACCCCUUUCUAAUUGAGCACAUUUGACACACUCGCAACCGAAAAUACAGCUCAAUCAAAAUUUUGGGUCUUGGACAUUAUACAGUGGGAAUCAACGAACUUGGCUCGUUCGAGAAACGAAGCCUUCUCCGAUUUACUUCGUAACUCGAAAUUCUUUCAGAUUCCCAUGAAAUUUCCGAACUCUGAAAUUCUGACUGAACGUUAUUUGAUUUUGGAAAGCAUGUGUCAAAUAUGUUAAAGCACGAUGUAGAAAUAAUUGUAGAAAUCUCGUGACAAAUUGCGAAUUCAUGACAACCGAUUACAAAAAAAAAGUCGGUAAUUCACACGUAACCGUACGGAGACGAAGGUAUUUUGAAAGAAAAUGGACAAGCACCUUAUGAUGAUUGUAGAUAGCAUUUAAUUGUAAAUUUCUCAUAAUAUUCUGUUUCACAUACGCUUCGUUCGUCCGAAGUAUCUUAUAAUCCAGAUUUAGUGUACAGUGUAAAAAUUAACAUUGUGUAUUAUAUAAUUACCUCUGCUUUUCCGAUAUGAUAUAAAAAAGUACGAAACUCUCUUGUAAAAUAUCAAAUAUUUCAUAAAGAUAAGAGAGUGGAGAGUGGAAAAAAUGGUGAAGGAGGAAAAGAGAGUACAGUCUUCGGUAUAAGAAAACGAAAAAAUUUAAUCAUUUUUGCUGUAAGAUAAUAUAAAAAUAGGCAUUAAGGGAGGGAGGGAGAGAGAGAGAGAGAAAGAGAGAGAGAGAGAUACAUAAUGGCAGGAACAGACAGAAGUUUUCGAGGAGAAAAAACUGUCAGGAGGAAUAGCUACUUUGGCAGAAAUUGAUGAAAAUCAAUAUUAUCGAAUUUGUAUAUUGAAAAAUCCAACGAAAUCUUUUCCUCGUAGAUUGUCCGAGACGUUGGCGAGUUGGAGCCACGAUAAUUGGCUCUUGCGUUAGCUGACAAAUGGGAAGGAAAACAUCGUGUUAUUCUGUAAUCGUAAAUCGUACAAAUUCGAUAGAUAAAUGGGGAAAGAAUACACGAGGAAAUGAUAUUUCGAUGCGUUUCAACAAUGCAGAUUAAAAUGUCAUUAAAAUUCUCGGGUCUGAAUGAUAUAUAUUUGUAAAUAGACACAUAAAUAACGAAUAUCCUAAAGCUUGCAAUAUGAACGAACGUAAAGAAGAAAAGUAAAAAACGAGGAGUAAUAGGAGAGUGAGAAAAGGGCUCGGGUAUAGAAACCGGUGACGUGAGCUUUUGUGUUGUGGUGUGCUUGACCUUGGUGCAAAUUACGACUGGGCAUUUUCAAAACUUUAUAAACGAAUUUUUUUAAGGUCCUUUCUUCAGUGAAUAUCUCUUCUCGUCUAUUGUCGUGCUUCCAAUUAAAAACGAACGAGACAAAAUGCGGGACGCUUUAAGCCCGUCACGAUGUUUCUUCAAUCCGCGAUUUAUAUUUCCAAUUAUUAUAUAUAUAUCAUAUACAUAAAUAUUUAUCUAUAUUGAAUACGAAACUCUUUUGCGAAUAGUCUUCGAGUAGGGCACACGACUCGUAGCAAUGCUGUAUAAUUCUCAAUUUUAUAAUCCUUUAAUUUUGCCUCAAGUAAGUCGAGCUGCUACGCGCUUCGAUUCAUUCGAUCAACAUAUUUUUUAGUUUUUUUUUUUUUUUUUUUUUUUUUUUUUUUUUUUUUUUUUUUAAUUAUUUUUCUCUCCUUUAUCAUCUCGUUUGUUCGAGAAUUCAAAGGGAGCCUUCGAGAAUUCAGUCUUUGCGAGGGCCAAUUUCCCUUACAAUUUUAUCAUAUUCUCUUUUAUUAUCUACAGACCCCCUUAACUCAGACUCGAGUCAGUUGGAAACGACGUCGAGUCGAGAAGGAGCUAAGAUUUCAAGGUUCAUGAGAUCGAAGGGAGGAAAAAGGAUGAGAAGGAAUACGGGAGAGAAGCAAGUAUUUUGAUGAGGUGGGGUUGUUGAUCGAUCAAUAUCUGCCGAGGUAGACAUCCCUUAAAUUUGGUGCUCCACGGACACCGUCAAGUGCACUUUUAAUGAAAGAAAGAAUUAAGUGAAGGGAGAAUUUUUAAAAAUGAGUAGAAGAAAAAGGAAACAAAAAAAAGUGAGAGCGAAUGGGAAUGAAGCAUGAGAAAUGGCCUAGAGAUAUAGAAAACUGUAGAAUGGAGCAAGUCUGCGAUUGGAACGGUGAUAGGAAGCGAAAAGGAAAAAAAAACGAAAAAAAAAAAAAACACUAUUAUUUCAAAUGAAAGAACAAAAAAAACGAAGAGCGUGGAAAUGCGAAUGAAGGAGACGAAUAAGCAUUAUAAACGAAGAUUAUUGAUUGCGAAUUAUUUAACGAAGUAAUAUAAAGGACAAAUGAUGGCAGGAACAUUAUUUUCAGCGAGGCAAAUUGAGUGUCUCGAAGCGCUGCUAACGUUUUAAUCGGCCUGGUUUGGUACAAAAUAUGUAUGAAGAGUUGUAAAAAGUUUGCGUGAAGACGAGAGAGAGAGAGAGAGAGGAAAGAAAAGUGAGGAAACGUGGAGAGAGACGGAGAUGGAGAGAUCGAGUGAGGAGGAGAGGGGAGAAGGUAAAAAAUGGAAACUUGUUCUGGUCACGAGAAAUUGCCAUUUUUUUAGGUACUUUACAAUUAAUUUUUGUCUCCUUACUUCUCUUUAUUUUAAUAUAGUAGCGUUGUAACUAUUCGGUAAUGAAUAUUAGUUUUAAACGGAGAAGAAUAUUGUUAAUAUAAUGAUCAUUUGUAAUUGUAAAAAAAGGAAACAACAAAAGCAAGCCAGAAGGUGAAAAAAUUUCAAUCGAAGAGGACGAAACAACGACGUGAAAUAGUAACGAACGAUUGUGAAUUUUAAAAAAAACACGAUACACAAAACCUUAAAAAUGAAUUAGUACGAAAAAUUAUGUGUAGAUUGAUUUCAAAUCAGACGAAGAAAAAAAAAAACAAACAAUUAUUAAUAGCAAUGUUAGAUAUUUUAUUGAUAUUUAUUGAUUACAAAUGACGGUUUUUUUGAUCGAACGAGCAAAGUACUAAUUGAAUUAAUUCUUGUAUUAAUGCUACAUAUAUAUAUAUAUAUAUAUAUAUACACACACACACAUAUAUAUAUAUUUGAGAAAGCAGUUGAUCCAACUGCUCGUUGAAGAGAAGAAAAAACUAUAUAUGUAUAUCGAACUAACAACUUUUUGCUUUACCGAGCCAGAACAUGUGCGAGAAUUUUUGGUGUCUUUCACCAAAACGACGAAGUGAGUUCGUUGAUAAAUUAUAUAUAUAUAUAUAUGUUAUAUAUAUUAUACAUAUACGAUAAACGCGCUAUAUUUUCAAAUUAUUGUGGAACAAGGUAUGCAUAUAUAACUUGAAAAAGCAACAUCACAUUGAAUAAAAAUAUGAGGAAAGAGAAAGGAAAAUGUGAAAAAAGGCAACGCGUAAGAUACGAGCAUAAUGGCUUUUGCUGAACCGAUGUUAGGUAGAAUCAUCGUUUGUGUAUUGUACAUCACUCGUCCGUUAAGGGACUAUUAUAUUUUUUAUUUCAUUUUAUCUAUUUUUUUCCUCCUAACGCAUGAUUUUAUUUCGCCCGGUUUUACGAUCAUUUUAUUCUCCACGAUUACUUUGCCCGAUGAACAAAUAUAGUUCGUCAAUUAAAGAAUGUUUUACUCGUGCGAAGAAUAAGAGGAGGAACGAACGAGGGGAAUAAAAAAAAUUGAAAAAAAAAAAAAAAAAACAAAAAAAAAACAAAAAAAAACAAAUAAUAAUAACGAAAAGAAAAAUACAAAUAUUCACGCUCCGAAACAGCAGCCCUCUUGCCACUAAGUAGUGGAUUUAUAACUCCGUAUUAGUAUUACGAAUAAUGAAAAGAGAUGGGAAAAAAGGAUGAGGGAAAGUGAAGGAUAAGAAGAAGAAGAAGAAAAGUAAACGAACGAAUAUUGCAAUUAUAAUUCAUUGUAUUUGCGCUCUCUCGCACGUACACCGCCGACAAAUAUGUACACCGAUAAAAACGAUGAAGAAAAAAAAAUGUGCAAACAUACAAAUACCUACACACCUUAAGAGUCUUGUAAUUAUUACACUGGCGCGCAGUCACUCGUGUUACUUGGUCACUCUCAGCACCGCUUGUGUGUGUGCGUGUGUGUGUGCGUUUCAUUUUUCGGUUGUUUCUUCUGUCGUUUAUCGUCCGCCAUUGUAAUUUCUUUUGUUUCGUUUUGUUUUGUUUUGUUUUGUUUUUUUUUUUCCGUGUUUCUUCAUUCCCGUCUCUCUGCGAAGAGUUUCGAGAUGAGAAGAAAAAGCAGCGCGCAACGUUCUAGCAUUAUCUUCGUGUCGGAAUAUUCAUGGCGAGGCUAUCGUAACAAUUAUAACUAUGCGUAUAUAUAUGAUAAUGAGAUAAAGUGAGAAAAAGCAUUAAAAAUGUGUGUAAACGUAAAAGAAAAUACGACACGCGCGCAAAAAAAUGAGAAAAGAUGAAAAAAUGCGAAACAAAAUUGGCGAGGAAGGAUUGAGGGAUGUAAUGGUGAGAAAAAAAGGAUAAAAAUUGUCUGUGAUUAUCAGUCAUAAUAAUCUCUAGGUCGACAUAUUUUUUAGACAAUAUUUUUUAGAAAAAUUACAAAAUUUACGAAUAUACCCCUAUUAUUGAUAUAGACUAUUGGAUCAAACGAUGUGCUACUGAGUACGCAUUACAAAAAUAAGAGUUAAAAGGAAAAAGGAAAAAAAAAAAAACAAGUUAACGAAAGAAAGAAAGAAUAAUAAUGAUAAGUCUAAAUGGAUUUAAAAAAGAAAAGAAAAAACAAAGGAAUUAAGAGGAUACGAAUGCGAAACGGUGAAGGAGUGUGAGGAGAAAAAAAAACGGAAAAUAUGUAAAAUUAUGGGAGAAGGACAAAAAACGUUGUCAACUGUGUUUUGAUACAGGAUAUUGAAGAGUUGGGGAUCGAUGGCUGUUGUAAAAUAUUCAGUGUUUGGACAAAUAAUUAUCAAAAUGAAACAAAAAAAUCGAGAGCGCGAGAGAGAGAGAGAGAGAGAGAGAAAAAUUCUAAUAAUUAUUGAGGUAAAUAAUAAGAGUGCGAAAUUUGAGGAUGUGCCGGUAGCAUUUUUUAACCCCUUUGCGAUUGCGUAAAUGAUGAAGAAAAAACUUAGCCAUUAUCAUCGAAUUAUAAAAGAAAGAAAAUGAAAAUGAAGUUUAUUAAAAUAAUGGAGAGUGUAAUUCCCGUCUUCGAAUACAACCGAUGUGUAUUGUACAGUGUGACACGGAGAAAUAAGAAAAAAGUUGAUCGAGAGGCAUUUACAAUAACAACAAGAACAAAAGAAAACGAAAAACGAAAUCACAUACGAAAAAACAACUCAGACAACACAUAUGAAGAUACGCGAAUUUUGCGCGUUGAACCGUCGUUAUAAAUCCAUCUACUAAACCGUAGAGAAUUAUUGAAUAAUCGUAUUACAUACAUUAGCCAGAAGAUAUUAUGCGUAAUGCAAUAGCAACAAACAAAAUAAUAAUAAACAAAAAAAAAUUAAAAAAAAAAAACACGUAGUCGCUUUUCAUCACACUGAAUAAAAAACAUAAUGAUAAUUAAAAAGAAUUUAAAAAAAUACGAACAUGUCGUCUAUACACCACUCACAAACAUAUACCGAUGUUUUUUCUAAUUAAAUGUUUUGUUAGUAUUAUAAUAUGAGCAAAAGAAUUAACACAAUAAACACACACGAAUAUAAAAUA